AUGAAACUUUCCGCCAUCAUCUCCGUCCUGGCAGUCACUGUCGGCGUCUUCGCCACUCCCAUCGAGCCCGAAGCCGCCGACGUUUCCGUCAGCGCCGCGGAGAUCGAAGCCAAAGCAGGCACCCUAGCCGUCACCAAAGAUUGUUCAAAGAUCGACGCCCUCAGAGUCAGAUCCAGGCCGGGAGGCGGCACAAUCCUGGGCCAGCUCCAGAAAGGCCAGUGCCGCCCUUUUUGGAGCGGGUCCCCCGUUAUAGUUUCCGGUUCUUCGUACACCGCUUGUGGCGGUACAAGCAGUAACUGGGAACCCAUCAAAUUCACCCUGUCAAGCGGAACCGUCAAGGGUUACGUCGCCACCCUCUGCACGGAGUGGAAGUAG